UGUCGGUUAUUAAUUUUCGUUUACUUCUUUCUUUUUGGAUACAGGCAUUAGUAAUCAUGGAAGAUAAGAGAGAAUUGCUCAAGAAUCCAGUUCAUUCCAUAUACAUCCCUAUAGGGUUGAUUUUGUUUGGAACCUGGAUCUUUAGCUGGGAAUACAUGCCCUACAGUAUUGCAUUCAUUGUCAUUGUUUGUACCGUAAAGUAUUAUGAAGCUUACAAGAAUAGAUCCUCCUUGCACAAGACAAUUUGGCAAGAUUUCGAAUUGAUGGACAAGACUAUCAUUGCUCCUAUGACAUCAAUCUACCGUUUUAAAUUGAGAAGAGAUGAUGAAGUGUUAGACAUACCUACUGGCCAUCACGUUGCUUGUUGUUUCAAUAUUAACGGUAAGGACGAAAUCAGAUAUUAUUCUCCAAUUUCCAAUCAGUUCGAUUCUGGAUUCUUUGAUAUUUUAGUCAAGCAUUACGAACAUGGUGUUGUCACUAGAAGAUUGGCCCAAAUUAAUGAAGGUCAAACUGUCAAGUUUAGAGGACCUUUUGGAAAACUCGACUAUAAGCCUAACAUGGCUCGUGAGUUGGUUUUGAUUGCUGGUGGAACAGGUAUCACUCCUAUUUUGCAAGUCAUCACUCGUAUCAUCACUAAUCCUGAUGACCAUACCAAGAUUAAGUUGAUUUUCGGUAAUGAAACUGAAAAGGACAUCUUGUUGAAGAGUGAAAUUGAUGAGAUAGCAAGCAAGUAUCCUGACUUUGAAGUCUACUAUACUGUCACUCAUCCAACUGAAGGUUGGACUGGGGGAUCUGGAUAUGUUGAUCGUGCAAUGUUGGAAAAACAAUUGCCUAAGGCUAAUGAAGGAAAUAAGGUGUUUAUCUGUGGUCCUCCAGAAAUGAAGGAAUCCUUAAAGGGAAUCACUGAAGAAAUGGGAUGGGAAAGUGAAAAUGUCUUUUGUUUCUAAGAUUUUACCCUUUGUAAAUAGCAUUAUAAAGUUUAACGCCAAACUUUUUUCUCUCUUCGUAUCUAGACAAUCAUUAAUACAUGUUCUUCCAGCAUUACU